GACAGUCACAGCUUAACAGGCAUCGACGCAGCAACAGUUUUUUCCCCUAAGAGCUUCUAUGAAACACAAGAGCGCCAGUGUAACCCAACAUUUCGGAGUAAACACAACGGCAUAGCGUACACGUGGAAAGGCGAACCAUGUGAAUAUAAAGGCGUCUGACCACACAAGUUCAUAGACUCACCAACCACUACUUUACUACCAAGAUGGACGAGGGACACUGCUAACAUCCGCUUGCAAUAAUCCCAUUCGUGUGCAGUUUUUCCCACUAUGAGGGACCUACCAUUCUUAUCCAUCCCUUGCACCACACCUGGAUUAUUUAGGAGACCAACAGAAGCGGACUGGACUUGACAACUUUAUUAAUUAUUGUUCAUAUUUGUUCCCACCAUGUACAUGAAUCUUCGACGCAUUCAUAAAAUCCAGUUCGCUCGCUUGCUGACCACUGGUUUGGUUUUCUGCGUCGUCAUGCUCUACUGGGAGGAGUUGGACCAUCACGUCGUGAGCCAUGUCCGCUCCUAUUCUUACCGCUACCUGGUCAACAGUUACAACUUCCUCAACUCUUCGAACACGCUCAAAGGAAAUUCCAUAAAUCCACCUUUUCAUCCGUACAUUAUAAACCAAUUGGAAAAAUGUAGCGGCAGUGAUGAUAUCCUAUUGCUUUUGUUCGUGAAAUCGCCUCCGCAGAAUGUCGAUCGGCGGCGCGACAUCAGGGAAACUUGGGGCAACAUGGACAGUGUUGGAAAGAAAUUGAAUGCGAAUGUAAAAAUUAUGUUUGUUCUCGGAGUGCAUCCAGAUAAAUCUCAAAGAAAGACGAGCCAAAAGCAAAUCGAAAAUGAAAAUCAGAUCUACAAAGACAUCAUUCAACAGAACUUUAUGGACACAUUUCAUAACUUAACCAUCAAGUUGAUCAUGCAGUUCCAUUGGGCGGUCAAGCACUGCCCGAAAGCCAAGUUUGUCAUGUCCGCCGAUGACGAUAUUUUCGUCCACAUGCCGAAUAUGGUCCGGUAUUUGAGGAAGUUGGAGCAAAAGCAGGUGACAAACUUUUGGGUGGGGCAUGUACACAGGGGUGCUCCUCCAGUCAGACGCAAGGUGAGCAAAUAUCACGUCCCGGUGGAGAUGUAUCCGUGGCCCUCGUAUCCGGACUACACAGCCGGGGCGGGUUAUGUAGUUUCUGGAGAUGUUGCGGCAAAAAUUCACCAAGUUUCGCAGCUCUUAAACUCUUCCAUGCACAUCGACGACGUUUUCAUGGGGAUGUGCGCGCAAGCUAUUGGAGUUACCCCCCAGGAUUACGUGUACUUUUCGGGUGAGGGUACGACGAGGUAUCAUCCGUGCAUUUACGCGAAUAUGAUAACUUCACAUGGACACGCAGACGACGUGAGGGUGCUUUGGAAAGAGGCGACGGAUCCGAAUGUGGAUAAAAUGUCUGAAGGUUUUCUAAUGAACUUGUACUGUACGGCUGUGAAGAUAGCUCUGCUGUGUGUACCACAUUUACAAAAUACAUACGGUUGCAUGGGGGCAUUUACGUUUACAUAAGAAGCAAGGGGGCUAGCUAAAGCGUCAUGCGGUGUCCUCAGUGUAAAUAUAACAUGCAAGUUUUGGAAUAAAAUGAACAUGACAUUU